GUUCGACAUCGUAGCGCUGCAGGAGGUUUGCUGGAAGGGAUCGUCGGUACAUACCUAGGUACAGCUUUCAUCGUGAUGGGCGAAAUGCAGAAGCGCGUGAUUGGGUGGUGGCCAAUCCAUAGCAGAAUGUGCAAGUUGAGGAUCAAAGGCCGUUUCUUCAAUGUCAGCAUAAUCAACGUGCACAGCCCUCACUUAGCAAGUGACGAUGACGAUAAAGACGCUUUUUACGCGCAGCUGGAACGGGAAUACGACAGCUGCCCAAGUCAUGAUGUCAAAAUCGUCAUCGGAGAUCUUAACGCUCAGGUCGGCCAGGAGGAGGAAUUCAGACCGAUUAUAGGGGAGUUCAGCGCCCACCAGCUAACGAACGCCAACGGCCUCAGACUCAUCGAUUUCGCCGCCUCUAAGAACAUGGCCAUACGUAGUACCUACUUCCAGCAUAGCCUCCCAUAUCGGUACACCUGGAGAUCACCGCAGCAGACAGAAUCGCAAAUCGACCACGUUUUGAUCGACGGAAGGCACUUCUCGGACAUUAUCGACGUCAGGACCUAUCGCGGCGCAAAUAUCGAUUCGGACCACUACUUUCUAAUGGUCAAGGUGCGCCAAAAACUUUCCGUUGCCAACAACAUUCGGUACCGACGCCCGCCACGGUACAAUCUGGAGCGACUGAAGCUGCCCGAAGUCACAACUGAGUACGUGCAAUGCCUCGACGCAGCGUUGCCGGAUGAGGGAGAGCUCACCGAAGCCCCUCUUGAGGACUGCUGGAGCAGCGUGAAAGCAGCCAUUAACAGCGCUGCUGAAGGCGCCGUUGGGUUCGUGGAGCGGAAUCGACGGAACGAUUGGUUCGACGAAGAGUGUCAGACGGUUUUGGACGAGAAGAACGCAGCGCGGGCGGCGAUGCUGCAGCAAGGAACCCGUCAUAAUGUUGAGCGAUAUAAACAGAAGCGAAGACAGCAAACCCAUAUUUUCAGGGAUAACAAGUGCCGCCUGGAAGAGCUGAAGUGCGAAGAAAUGGAGCAGCUGUAUCGUUCUCAUGAAACACCCUGCAUCGAACUCGGCACCCUACCCUUCCAAUAUCAAGUUGCGGAAACGCUCUGCUGUAGGACUAUCAGCUAUCUGGAGGAGGCUUCCGGAAAUUCUGAGGUCUUCCGGAGCUGGGGAUAA